CACCGUCAACGCGAGUGCGACGGAGCUCCUCACGUGACGAUCUUCGUCUUCUCGUAGACGACGUUGGCUUACCUCAGGGCACUGCUCGGCCGCAACGUUGCACCGUCACGCACGUCAUUCCUUCGCACGGAGGGGAAACAGCUUCGUCGUGGUCGUCGUCGGGGAGAGUGGCGAACGGGCUGCUCGGUCCACCAGGUGCGAUCCUCUAGGGGUCGGAGCAGGAGAGGGCAGACGCGAGAGAUAAAUGACGUGAAAACAAUGGGUGGCUUGGAACGAGCGGGGGAGCCCGUGGUCGCGCGAGGCGGCACAAAAAAAGCCAGUCCGAGCUGUCCGAGCUGAUCUGGUCGACGAUUCACCUGCCGCGACGCGGAGCCACCUGUUACCGCGCCCCCGCCUCCUGGUGUGCGCCCGCCGGUGUCGGCGUCGCGUGCGAACACACGCAGACACGCACACGGCCGUUGGACGUAUUCGCGACGCAGGUGGACGCGCGCGCCGCGCCGCGUCCUUCAACCCUUUUGGACAUGCGUGCAUACGCGUGUGUCGCGCUCAUUAUUUUAAACGCCACGUGAGCGACUUAAGUCGGCGAUAAUCCAUGUCUGUAUGCACGUAAUUAAGAGAAAUGAUUAUGUACCUGAGACUCAAAGAUAACGUGAUUUACAGUGAUAUUGGCUUAAUUAACAUUAUUUGAAGUUUUGCAUUACAAUGACAGUAAUCGACGAAUAUAGGUAUUUUUGGCGAAGUUGUAAAAUUUUUCGAAGCUAAUCUUGCUCUUGCAGUACUUGCGGGAAAUAACUUUUCGCCAAACGGACGCUAAGAAUUCCAAAAAAAUUUGAUGUUACUCAUAUCGAUAAUUAUUAUUCGUUUAAUUCAGUAAAAUAUGAGUUUCAAAGCGGCCGAAUUUGAAUUGUACUCCGCAAGUGCGCGCGCAUUUAUUUUGUUUAAACUCGGAGCCGGCUGUGCGAGCACAUUGUGUCCACGACAGUAGUGUUUGCAUCAUACAAUUCAUAUGCUGGAAAACAAAUAAAACAGGCAGGAUGAUCAGGAACAGCGUGUGGAGACUGGGUCUCCUUGUUAGAGGAUGCCAAUAUCAUCGUACCUCGCCGUGGGUGACACCGAAAUGCACCGCAUGGUUUGCCAAGCGAUUUGUCUCGAGUGUGAAUCCGAGAUUCGUCAAGAGCACCGGUCGACGGUGGCGAAUUGUCGUUCCUGGAGUCGGCUUCUCACUACUUGCAGCAACGCAGUGGAACUACCUGCACAAGCAUGGAUAUCGGAUCGACGUGGAAGACAGACCAGAAUUGUUAAACGAUUUUAUGGCCACGUGCUAUUGUUGCCUGCCGCUGAGGAUAACCAGCAGAGUAUGGGGCUGGUUGACGAGCAUCGAGCUGCCAGUCAGUCUGCGACCGACGUUGUACGGCUUCUAUGCAAAUAUCUUUCAUGCUGAUUUGGACGAAAUUGAGCUGGACCUAUCCGCAUUUCCAAGCUUAGUGGAAUUUUUUGUAAGGAAGCUCAAGCAAAAUGCAAGACCGAUUGCCGAGAAUGCGAACAUGACUUCACCCGCGGAUGGUAAAGUGCUUUACUUUGGACCAGUAACUUCUUGCCGCGUGGAGCAAGUGAAAGGGGUAACGUACGAUCUUAGGCAGUUUCUGGGCGAUCGGAGUGGUUUCACGUGGGAUCAGAUUAUAAAAGAAACGAUGCAGAAGGACGAUUAUGUUAAUUCAUUAUUGAAGAAUCCAGACAAUAGGCUCUACCAACUUAUUGUUUAUCUGGCACCUGGUGAUUACCAUCGAUUUCAUAGUCCCACUGAUUGGAACAUAGAAUUUCGACGACACUUUCCAGGAAAACUACUGAGCGUCAAUCCAAAAGUGCUCAAAUUCAUGCCCAACUUGUUCUCGUUGAACGAACGCGUUGUGUACGUCGGGGAAUGGGCAGGUGGCUUCAUGGCGUACACGGCGGUUGGAGCGACAAACGUGGGCUCUAUAAGAGUUUACUGCGAUAAGGAAUUGGCAACCAACACGAUGCACUGGCCGGAAACCGUGUACUGGAAGGAGGCGAAAUUUGGUUACGCACGCAUCGCCAAAGGGGAACAGUUUGGUGAAUUUAGACUCGGAUCUACGAUCGUGCUUCUAUUCGAGGCACCGCAAGAUUUUCAAUUCUGUCUGCAGAUCGGUCAGACCAUUAAGGUUGGUCAGCCAUUGAGCACACUUUCCACCGACGAGUCUAGCAAGAAACAAAUCGGACGGCAGCAUUUGAUUAUGAACGUCGCGCAGGAUUGGAGAGAUAUAUGGAAACCUAGAGUAUAGAAAAUGAAAUUAACAAUUAAGAACUUUACUGGAGACUCAAAGAGACGUAUAGGCACGCUCGGCGUCUUUGCGCGAAGUUGAACUGUAGGCGCAAUAAAAAGAACACAGAGUCAUGAGAGACUCUAAAGACUUAGUUUACUCGAGUAAGUAUCGAUCCUGUGAUUACUUGUGCACGUAGCCGCGUUCGUGCGCGAGAAAUUCGUCAGCUCAUGCGGUUUAUCUAAAAUUAUAUGUAAAUACAUCUUUCGUUAUAUACAGAAUUAUACUUGUUCGUUACUUUAAUUGCGUGAUGCCAAGCAUCACGCGAAAGACGGUGAUUUAUAAUAGAUUUGACACAGUUGAUUUAUUGUUACGGCAGGGUAAACGUGUUACCGUGCAACACGUUUCUCCUGUGAAGCUUCACACGAUUACGAUGAAAAGCUCAACGGAGCAAGCCCAUUAGUAUGAGAAAACGGUACUUUUCUUUCUUUGUGCGUCACCGCCGAUAGAGGUCGAAUCGUAAACUGUUUUAGUUGCAUGCCAAAUCGAUCUUUGUUUGCAGUUAAGUCGCCCGGUCAAGGCCGUUAGAUGAAACACUUUCCUCAAUUAAAGCUCUAACUCUUUUUUUUUUUAAAGUAACAGAAAGUAACAGAACGCGUAUAUCUCAAGUCCCCACGCGUACGUAACGCCGGUCUUACAUGUUGACCCCGUUAUAUAUUUUUAUAGCAGUACUUUUGCUGAUCCUCUAUAUCGUUAAUGUUACUUCAGAAAAAUUCGCAUUAAAUCGAAGUGUCUUUUGCCUUCGGUUUGUGCAAUGCGGGCAAGCAUGACUUCGAUGACCUUAGUCUAUAAUUAAUUAUAAUACGAAUUCUCAAUUGCGCAGAUAUAUUUUAUGAUACAUCUAUUUUUUAUGAUAUGCAACGCAUAAAAGAAUAAAAAGAUCAAUUAUAAAGAGUA